AUGGCGCGUUUGGGCUCCGAGGAUCUAGACCUUGUGGAGCUCACAGCUGUGGCGCCAGUCGACGGCCGCUACAGGAAGAAUACCAAAGGUUUGGCCGAGUACGUCUCCGAGUUUGGGCUGAUCAGAUAUCGCGUGCACGUGGAGAUCGAGUACUUCCUGGCGCUCAUGAAGCAGCUUCCUGUUGGCAAGGACCUCCCUGCAGGCACCGACGAGAAGCUACGAGCUAUCCCGGCAAAGCUUACUGUCGAGGAUGCCAAGGAGAUCAAAGACACGGAGAAGGUCACCAACCACGAUGUGAAGGCCGUCGAGUACUUCAUCAAGAAGCGCUUCGACGAGCUGGGCUUGGAAAAGUACAAGGAAUGGGUGCACUUUGCGCUGACUAGCCAGGAUAUCAACAACACGGCCACGCCGAUGUUGCUCAGGGAUGCCAUUCACAGAAGUUACAUCCCAUCCAUGGAGGCCCUGGUGGAGACCAUUCGAGGCAAGCUGCCUGAGUGGGAUAUGCCGAUGCUGGCCAAAACCCACGGACAGCCGGCUUCGCCCACAAACUUGGCCAAGGAGUUCAAGGUCUUCAUUGAGAGGAUCGAAGCGCAACUCGAUCUGUUGAAGCAGGUGCCGCACAGUUGCAAGUUUGGUGGAGCCACUGGCAACAUGAAUGCCCACCUGGUGACCUUCCCUGACAUUGAUUGGCGAACCUUUGCCAACGACUUCUGCAGCAAGAGCCUUGGCCUGUCCAGGCAGCAGUACACAACGCAGAUCGAGCACUACGACAACAUGGGUGCAAUCUUCGACGCCAUCAAGAGACUAAACACCAUCCUCACCGACAUGUGCCGGGACGUGUGGAUGUACGUCUCUAUGGAGUACUUUAAGCAGAAGAUUGUCGCUGGGGAAGUCGGCUCCAGUGCGAUGCCGCACAAGGUCAACCCCAUUGACUUCGAGAACGCAGAGGGCAACCUUGGCUUUGCAAACGCCAUGUUCGAGCAUCUCUCGCAGAAGCUCCCCAUCUCCAGACUUCAGCGCGAUCUUACGGAAGCUUGA